AUGUUCUUUGGAAUGACAAAUUCCCUGACCAUCUUCCAAGCUAUGAUAGAUGGAAUUUUUGCAGAUCUGCUUCUAGAAGGAUGGUUAGUAAUCUACAUUGAUAACAUUCUCAUCUAUUCUACCAACUCUAUGCGCUUGAAGCUUCCGCCUUUGGGGAUGACUGCGAUACCUCGACACAAAAAUGCCUUCGAGCAAAGCCCACCCUUUGACAUCUUCGAAGUUUUGCGAUCUCACAAUAAUCUGAUUGGGAUCUUUUGGUGGCAGCUUUAUUCUGGGGGCUCGACUUUGAAGACAAAACCCCAUCAUCCAGAGAUUGAGACAUAUGAUACAGGGCUGUAG